AUGCUUAAAUUAGGACUCCCGUCUAUUACAUCAGUAUUUACAAGACAGUAUCAAUACAAUUUAUUAUGUACAAAUACUCUUCAAGCUACUGAAGAAGCAAAGGAAAAGGAAAUAGAGAGAAUCACACAAAAUGCCUCAAUUGACGAUCCACCUACGGCCUGCUGCAGAUCAGGAUGUGCUAAUUGUGUCUUUAUUGUAUGGGCAGAAGCACUAGCUUCAAAGAUGGAGAAUGCAGGACCUGAUAUUACAGAGAAGAUAAUGAAAAUGGUAGAUGACCCCUCUAUGAAAGCCUAUCUGGAGAUGGAGUUGAGGAUAAGAGGCUUGAAGAAGUAG